GCAGCGCUGAAAUCGUUUUCGUUUUCUUUUAAAGCUGAGUUUACACGAGCCACUGUCYCUCUUUAUAUGUUAUUCACUUACGAACACCAGAGAGGUAUAAAAUUUGCCCUACUUAAACAAUGUUUAACAAGAACUUUUCCAGAUCCGAACGUGAAAAUAUAACAUCCCAGGAAAAAAAAACAGAUUGGGGCUUUGUUUUAUUUGGCCAUUACUAGUCAAAUAUACMGUUCAGCGCGAUGCGGUAUGGCAAAGAAAACGUGUUACACAAKUCACCUAAUCGGAGUUAUUUACUCUUGAGGUUAGUCGUUCAAGCAUCCCAGCCGUAGAUGGCAUUUUUUCACGAAGGGAGAAAAGGCAUUUUCCUUGUUCGUGACACAAUAACAGGUCCAUGAACCUGCCGCCACGAGUCACGRUACACAACUUCCGGUAAAAUCACUUCCGUUUGAGUGUUACGAAUGCUGUAGGUCGUGUAGCCAUUCGGAAAGCGUCCCAGAAUUGUCCACCUUUCUUUGUGAAAAACAACUCAAUCAAGGUUGCUUAUAAGUAGAUUAGUGUUUCAUUCAUUAUCAAUAGUGUAAAGCCGGCCAAUAUCGUUUUGAACGCGAAGGUCGUGAAGUUAUUUCYGUGCCCAUGUUAUUGGUUGCUUGAAUACGUUCUAAUGAAGUGUGCGUCUGUCUUAGAGAUCUCUACAGUGAAAAAACUCGAGUCUUUGCCGACCGAACAACACUCGCUUUCCACAGAUACAGAAAUGGUUUUUCCUCAUACAAGAUUUCCUUCGUCGUAUGAAAAAUCUAGUCUGCACAUCUCAGCCAUCGAAGGAAAGAAUAGCCUCAGUUUAUUGAAAGAUUGCAAGCCAGGAAUGAAAAGGCCUUCGCAGAGUGAUGCCUGUCUUGGCCCGAGUACCGAAAAAAGAAAACGGUUCAACGUGACGCCAUUUUUCAUGAAGGAGGAAAUAUCCGAGGCUGACUUUCAAAUGACACUUAUCAAGCAGAGUCUUGCUUUGAAAAAGGAUUGGGUUUAUCAACAGGUUCUUGAAAAACUCGGUGUAAAGCCACCUUCAGGACAUAGUGUUCUGAGAUCAGGAGGCAUUGUUAGCAARACAAAAGCUGAAAGGAAUAUGCAUAUGUCACAACUCAACUCGAGCAUUUUAGUGCGGAGCAAGGAUGGAAACAAAGUCCACGACGAAGAAGGAAAUUGCUACAUUGACGAGGACGAUUAUAACUCUUUUUAUCGUCCGAAAGAACGUAAUAAUGGACAAUAUAAAGCAGAAAUGGCUUCCAGUGACGCUAGCGAUUGUCAAUUUACCUCAAAAAGACAUUUAAAUUUUACAUUUCAUGGUUCAAAUGGAGGGGUCGCUAUUGAUCACCAAACUCUACCUAAAGUCGUUGGAAUACACUCUGUUCCUCGGAAAUGUCACCCAGAAAAAGAACGUUCACAACCUAAAAAUAUCGCAGCAACGCUAGUUGGCUCAUCGUACAAAACCAUUGGAAAGCUAAGUCCCGUUGAAAAAUGCCCCGUUAAGGACGAAAAAUGGUGGCCACCAAGCCCCGAGUCUAUUCCAGAUGAAUUAUCACGCGAGGGAGAAGGCUUGCUUAAAGUUAUGACUCCUGAUGAUUUGAAAGCUUAUGGCCUUCCAAAACAGGAAAAUUCAAUAAAAGAGCCUUCUGAAUCAGAUGAUGACGUUUUCGUUACUCAAGUUUUGAAACGUGGAGUCGAUAACGUUUCUCCAUCAGUCCCAAAAGCCGACAUUCACAAUAUGCCACCGCUACAAUUAGAUGCUAAUGGGAAACCUUCAAACUACAAAGAAAUUCUACUGUACUACAUUACACAACAAGUCAAAAAUAACCCUCAGAACCCAUCUUUGAAGAAAAUUACCAACAAGGCCAUUGCAGGCCGACAGAAAACUAUGAACAUGGACGAACUUUGUAAAAAACUUAUCAAUACUCGAGAAAAACUGGAAAACGAACAAAUGAAGUGGAAAAGAAAAUUGCUGAGCAGUUUAGAGGUUGUGUUAAUUAAGAAGAUACGCAAGCUUGAGCAGGAAACAGAGGAAAAGGUACCCGAGGGAAUUAACCUCGAGGGACCGGCUAAAAGCGAACAAUCAAGUGGCAGCCAAAGUGACAUUGUGGCUGUAAUGGAAGAUUUGACAAAUGACGUUAGUGUUCCACGUGCCAGAAAGAUAAGUGAAACGACGACCACACGCCGGAGCGUAUCUGUCAUCCGAGGUUAUGAAUCAUCAUGAACAUUUUAUACACGAAGACAUUUUCUACCGCAAGCAACGAAAUGAGAUUUGAUGUAAUCACUAGGUUUUUUUUAUUUAAUAUUUGUGACUAUCUUGCUGCAAGAGUACAAGGAAAUUAAGAUUAUUUUAAAUUAGUAUUAUGAUUUGAUCAUUUCAAGUCUCAUUUCGUUGCUAUACUUUCAUUCAUGAAAAAAUAGGACUAGUUUUGACUAGGAUUUUUCAAUUUUACGUAACAAGUGAGUUUGCAACACUAAAGUAGCAAAAGUAUUUAUGUUUCGGACGAGAAUGAUUUUAGAAGUUCAAGUUUUAUGAACUGAUAAAAAAGUUCGAAUUUUUUAAACUACAGAGUAGUCGCUUUGUGUUGCUGCAUGUUACUGUUUUGAGGAAAUAAUGAUAUGUGUGCUACAAAUAACAAGAGAGUUGUGUAUAAUAAAAUAUAUAUACUAAAGUCUAUAUAAAAUAUAAAAAAUACUUUCUUCGAGAGUUAAAUUUGUACAUAAGAGGAUAUUUAUUAAAUAUUAAAAUGUGUUCUCAUUGAAAAA